GGCUGCGUUGGUGUGCGGGGACGUGACAUCUUCUUCCCUUUUGUAGAGGGAGCGACAAAUCAGCAAUACCAGUGGUAGAAAUUGAAAGGGGAGAUGGGUAACGCAGGCAAACUCAACGCCUCACCUUCCGAAUUGGACCUGGAUCGACCCAACAUCGAAGACUACCUCCCUUCCGGAUCCUCCAUACAAGACCCCCUCGCCAAGAUUCGCCUGCGUGAUUUGCUCGACAUUUCUCCUACCUUAACUGAGGCUGCAGGAGCCAUUGUUGAUGACUCGUUCACAAGAUGUUUCAAAUCAAAUCCUCCAGAACCUUGGAACUGGAAUAUAUAUCUUUUUCCACUAUGGUGCUUCGGAGUGGCGAUUCGAUAUUUUGUUUUAUUCCCUUUGAGGGUUAUAGUGUUGACCAUAGGGUGGAUAAUAUUCCUCUCAGCCUUCAUCCCUGUGCAUUUUCUUUUGAAAGGAAACGACAAGCUGAGGAAAAAUCUUGAGAGAUGUUUGGUGGAGUUAAUUUGCAGCUUCUUUGUUGCAUCUUGGACCGGAGUUGUCAAAUACCAUGGGCCGCGUCCCAGCAUGCGACCUAAGCAGGUAUUUGUGGCUAAUCAUACUUCCAUGAUUGAUUUCAUCAUCUUAGAACAGAUGACUGCAUUUUCUGUUAUUAUGCAGAAGCAUCCUGGAUGGGUCGGAUUACUGCAAAGCACUAUAUUAGAGAGCGUUGGAUGCAUCUGGUUCAAUCGUUCAGAGGCAAAGGAUCGUGAAAUUGUAGCAAGGAAGUUAAGGGACCAUGUUCAGGGAGCUGACAAUAACCCUCUUCUCAUAUUUCCUGAAGGAACUUGUGUAAAUAACCAUUACACCGUUAUGUUUAAAAAGGGCGCGUUUGAACUUGGCUGCACUGUCUGUCCAAUUGCAAUCAAGUACAACAAGAUAUUUGUUGAUGCUUUCUGGAACAGUCGGAAGCAAUCCUUCACUAUGCAUCUGCUACAACUUAUGACCUCCUGGGCUGUUGUUUGUGAUGUGUGGUACCUGGAACCGCAAAACCUGAAGCCUGGAGAGACACCCAUCGAAUUCGCUGAGAGGGUCAGGGACGUAAUAUCUGUUCGAGCAGGUCUUAAAAUGGUUCCUUGGGAUGGAUAUCUGAAGUACUCGCGCCCUAGCCCAAAACACAGAGAGCGGAAGCAACAAAGCUUUGCUGAGUCUGUGCUCCGGCGAUUGGAGGAGAAGUGAAGUGAUGUCCUUUUUUCUUCUUCUUUUUUUUUUUUUAUACAUUACAAUUUAGAUGCAUGGAUGUGUAAUUGAUCUCAUUUAUUUAAGAAAACCUUUGUGGAGUUUCUGGAUUGUGGCCCCAUGACGAUUGAUUUCUGUUUCCCAUCCCAUAUGUGGAAAAAGGAGGUAAUUAUGUGUGAAAAGGAAACACAACUUUAAUGCU